GAGCAGUGGACGGAGCACAGCCCCGGGGUGCGGGCGCCGAGCAAUGCUGCUCGGGUGCCAGGCAGCGCACAGCCCUAGGUGUGGGGCCAGGAUGCGGGGGGACCAGGCAGAGCGCAGCUUCGAGAUGCUGUACUACGCCGUUCUGAACCGUGUCGCCCGGCGGCGCGCGGUGCCCCGGCGCAUGCGUGGCGGGGGGCGGUGGGGCGGGAAGCGGGCGGUACGGCCCCACCCCGCUCCGCACAGCCUUGGCGGGGUCGCCGCGCUGCUCCUGCCUGCGUACAGCAGGUGACAUAGGAGUGGGUACAGCCAAGCCGCCGCCAUGGUCGCCCUCUCGCUGAAGAUCAGCAUCGGCAACGUGGUAAAGACGAUGCAGUUCGAGCCCUCCACCAUGGUGUAUGACGCCUGCCGGAUGAUCCACGAGCGGGUGCCCGAGGCCCAGAUGGGACAGCCCAAUGAUUUUGGGCUGUUCCUCUCGGAUGAAGACCCAAAGAAAGGGAUCUGGCUGGAGGCUGGGAAGGCUCUGGACUACUACAUGCUUCGCAACGGGGACACCAUGGAGUACAAGAAGAAGCAGCGGCCCCUGAAGAUCCGCAUGCUGGAUGGGACAGUGAAAACAGUGAUGGUGGAUGACUCCAAAACAGUCACGGACAUGCUCAUGACGAUCUGUGCCCGGAUUGGUAUCACCAACUAUGAUGAGUACUCACUUGUUCGGGAGAUUAUGGAAGAGAAGAAGGAGGAGGUUACUGGCACCCUCAAGAAGGACAAGACCCUGCUGCGAGAUGAGAAGAAGAUGGAGAAGCUCAAGCAGAAGUUGCACACGGAUGACGAGUUGAAUUGGCUGGACCACGGCCGGACCCUGCAUGAGCAAGGCAUUGACAACAACGAAACGCUGCUGCUGCGGCGCAAGUUCUUCUACUCCGACCAGAACGUGGACUCGCGAGAUCCUGUGCAGCUCAACCUGCUCUACGUGCAGGCUCGCGAUGACAUCCUUAAUGGUUCCCACCCUGUCUCCUUUGACAAAGCCUGUGAGUUUGCCGGCUACCAGUGCCAGAUCCAGUUCGGGCCGCACAACGAGCAGAAGCACAAGCCAGGCUUUCUGGAAGUCAAGGAUUUCCUGCCCAAGGAGUACAUCAAGCAGAAAGGGGAGCGCAAGAUCUUCAUGGCCCACAAGAACUGCGGGAACAUGAGUGAGAUUGAGGCCAAAGUUCACUACGUGAAACUUGCCCGUUCCCUCAAGACCUACGGGGUCUCCUUCUUCCUGGUCAAGGAGAAAAUGAAGGGGAAGAACAAGCUGGUGCCACGGCUGCUGGGGAUCACCAAGGAGUGCGUGAUGCGCGUGGAUGAGAAGACCAAGGAAGUGAUUCAGGAGUGGAGCCUGACCAAUAUCAAGCGCUGGGCAGCCUCACCCAAGAGCUUCACCCUGGAUUUUGGAGAUUACCAGGAUGGUUACUACUCAGUGCAGACAACAGAGGGGGAACAGAUUGCCCAGCUGAUUGCUGGCUACAUUGACAUCAUCCUGAAAAAGAAAAAGAGCAAAGACCACUUUGGACUGGAGGGGGAUGAGGAGUCCACCAUGCUGGAAGACUCCGUGUCUCCAAAGAAGUCAACCGUCUUGCAGCAGCAGUUUAACCAUGUAGGCAAGGCAGAGUUAGGCUCGGUGGCCCUGCCAGCCAUCAUGCGGACAGGGGCUGGAGGGCCAGAAAACUUCCAGGCGAGCACAAUGCCGCAGGCUCAACUGCAAAUCAUCAGUGGCCAGAUGCACCAAGGGCACAUGCCUCCCCUGACUUCAGCCCAGCAAGCCCUGACCGGCACCAUCAACUCCAGCAUGCAAGCUGUGCACGCAGCCCAGGCCAUGCUGGAUGACUUCGAAACCUUGCCACCCCUUGGGCAGGAUGCUGCAUCCAAAGCUUGGCACAAAAACAAGAUGGAUGAGUCAAAGCAUGAGAUCUGCUCCCAAGUGGAUGCUAUCACUGCUGGCACAGCCUCGGUGGUCAACCUCACUGCAGGGGAUCCAGCAGACACAGACUACACCGCCGUGGGCUGUGCCAUCACCACUAUUUCUUCCAACCUGACGGAGAUGUCCAAGGGCGUGAAGAUGCUGGCCGCGCUGAUGGAGGACGAGGGAGGGAAUGGGCGGCAGCUUCUGCAGGCAGCCAAGAACCUGGCGAGCACUGUCUCGGACCUGCUGAAAAUGGUGCAGCCUGCCAGUGCUGAGCCUCGCCAGAAUCUCCUGCAGGCUGCCGGCUUCGUGGGCCAGACCAGCGGGGAGCUGCUGCAGCAGAUUGGGGAGAGUGACACCAACCCUCAGUUCCAGGACGUGCUCAUGCAGCUGGCGAAGGCAGUGGCCAGUGCUACCGCCACGCUGGUGCUCAAAGCCAAGAACGUGGCUCAGAAAAUGGAGGACUCGGCGCUGCAGACGCAAGUGAUCACUGCAGCCACCCAGUGUGCCCUCUCCACCUCCCAGCUGGUGGCCUGCACCAAGGUAGUGGCUCCCACAAUCAGCUCCCCAGUCUGCCAGGAGCAGCUGAUCGAGGCUGGCAAGUUGGUGGCCAAGUCGGCAGAGGGCUGUGUAGAGGCCUCCAAGGUGGCCACCAGCAAUGACCAGCUCCUGAAGCAGGUGGGGGUGGCAGCCACAGCCGUCACCCAGGCCCUGAACGACCUGCUGCAGCAUAUCAAGCAGUACGCCAUGGGUGGGCAGCCCAUCGGGCGAUACAACCAGGCCACCGACACCAUCCUCAACAUCACUGAGAACAUAUUCAGCUCCAUGGGUGACGCGGGGGAAAUGGUGCGUCAGGCUUGUAUUCUGGCCCAGGCCACCUCUGACCUUGUCAACGCCAUCAAAGCCGACGCGGAGGGAGAGACUGACCUGGAGAGCUCGUGCAAGCUGCUGAGCGCAGCCAAGAUCCUGGCUGAUGCCACCGCCAAGAUGGUGGAAGCUGCGAAGGGAGCCGCAGCCCACCCAGACAGCGAGGAGCAGCAGCAGCGGCUGCGCGAGGCAGCAGAGAGGCUCCGCACGGCAACCAAUGCCGCAGCCCAGAAUGCCAUCAAGAAGAAGCUUGUACACAAGCUGGAGGUGGAGACAUGGGAGAAGCAGCUUAGGGGGAGCUGGGCCCUGGUGCAUAGCAGGAAGGCUCCGGGGUAGGCUGCUCUGCCACUGGUGCUAACUCAUGCUGCCCCCCACCAG